AUGUCCGAAUCACAGUCUGAAAUUCCGUUGUAUCUCUUUACAUACAACGUCAACAAGAGAGCCCAGUCUCCGGAGAGUCUUGGCUCCAAGUUGAUUGCGUCUCUUCCAAAGCAACCACCUAAGCUUCUCGUCUUUGGCUUUGAGGAAUUGUGCUCAGUCUACGAGAGUUUUUUUCCAGUGAGUUCCUUGCAACACUUAGGCAGCUUGGAAACCAUCGUGCUUGAGGCCUUGUCCAAGCAAUACUCCGAGAAGAGCCUCCAAAUCGAGACCAUUGCCAAGUUUACGCACGGGGCGUUGGGCCUUUUUGUGGUGGGUAUCAACGGAGAGAACGGUAAGGAAUUUGCCACGAGAAACCAUCUCUUUGGGAGGUCCUCAUGUGGAUUCUUGUAUAGCUCGUUAAAGGGUGGUUGCGCAAUCAGACUCCAGUUCAAGUAUAGCACGGCAGAGGAAUGGACAGAGUUCACGUUUGCAGACUUUCAUUUGACGCCAAAACAGGGCAAGGGCUACUUGUUCCAGCGGGACGAGGAUUUCAAGUACUUGACGCGCUCCAUCGAGUUCCAUGGAGAAGGUGCAUAUGCCGAGGGGGGCACCGACACCAACCCUGCCUCGUCUUCCAUCACCGCUCCGUACGACCCCAAUCCCACGGAACUGGCGGACUACCAGGGGCUUUUUAAACCGGAUUCCCAUGUCAUUAUUAUGGGUGACUUGAAUUACAGAACAGUCGUCAACCCCUUCACCAUUUACGAAGAGACGCCUUCCCAGGUCAAGCUCCAGUUGGUGGAUGCUGGCGAACAGCCAGGCGUCAGCAGUAGUGCCGACGAUCCGGACAAGGCCUUCUAUCACCCUUCCAUCGAUGAGUUAGCCUUGUCGCUCGCUAAUAAGAACGGCUGGCUCAGAAAAUUAAAGUUGAAAGAGCCUAAGAUCGCCUUCCGUCCCACCUACAAGUUCAAAAUCGGAAAACUCGACGCGGGCAACCAGAUCUACAACGUGGACAGCUCCCAUAAUCCAUCCUGGUGUGACCGUAUCUUAUUCUUGAACACUUAUGGGGGUCGCGGCGUUGUGAAGGUCAACAGGUACCACAAGAUCGGGGGGUUAGUGGAGAGCGAUCACCAGCCGGUCUUCUUGGAUGUUGUGGUACCAUUCACCGCGCCACAGCCGAUUAUCAGUCAAGACGGGUUCUUGACCCUGUUACAGAAGGUGGAACUCGAUCCUGAGUUCGCCGCCACCGAUGUUACGCCACUUGUAGAGAAGUUCCAGAUGAAAAUCGAAGGCCGAUACCAGUACGUGAAGUACGGCACCGUGCUCAGUGACGCCAUCUUGGCGUACUUGUUUUUCUUCUUGGAGUACAAGGUCGGCUGGUUAGCCUUGGUUCUGUUUGCACUUCUUCUUGUGUGCAAGGCCAUUGGACUCUAG